AUGCUCUCAACUGAAAUUGCUGCUACUGUUAAGAAAGAAAACCAAAUCAACUACACUACGUUUGAAUGGAAGAACGGUCGUCGUCUGGCUAAUGAUCAAGAUGUCGCUUAUAUCCUACCCAGCGAUCAAACAGAAGUCGAUAGAUUACAAUUAAAUCACAACCUUUGGAAACUUUUCAAAUCUCCCAUUCAUAACAAACUAGUCAAAGGUAUUCGCGUGCUUGACAUUGGCUGCGGGCCCGGUUGGUGGACCUUGGAUAUGGCCCGUCUGUACCCCAACUCUCAAUUCAUAGGAGUUGAUAUGGCAGACGUCUUUGUCACAGAAAAUAAACCCUCCAAUGUUGAAUUUCGUCUUCUCAAUGCUGGGACAAGUCUUGAUAUUUUUGAAGACGAAUCCUUCGACUUUGUGUUCCAACGCUUUCUUGUCAUGGGCUUCUCCACAGAUCAAUAUAUUCAGUCCGUGCAACAAAUGAAACGUAUUCUAAAACCCGAUGGUGCUAUUGAAAUUUUGGAAUUAGUCAAUGAAUACGGACAUGCAGGACCGGCUUUCAAGAACAUUAAUCAAUGGAUUAAUGAAGCUCUAGUGGCAAGAGGCAUGGAUUCCUUUAUUGCUGACAAAAUAUCAGGUUAUUUGCAGGAUGCAAAGUUCAAAAACAUUCAAGAUAUCAAUUAUGAUGUGCCUAUUGGUGCUUGGGGCGGACAGGCUGGUGAGUUAUUCUUGGCUAUUCAGAAAAUGGCUUUACCUGCUGUUAAGGUGAUGGUGACCGAAUUGACAAAAGUAACAGACGAAGAAUAUGAGGAAAACCUUAAAGAGGCCUAUGAGGAGGUUGAAAAGUAUCAAGUGUCAACUCGUUUUAGAUUAAUUUAUGCUUCCAAAUAA